AUGCCUUCGAUUGACGGUCUGCUGUCAGAGAAGUCUACAUUCUUGGGAAGUAAUUUGGCAGUUCGUGCCGCAGACCAAGCUUAUUUCGGUGGUCACCAACUCUAUACUCAUGUGCCGCCUUCAACAUCAAAGGAUCAUCAUGGAGAACAUAACUCGCAUGGGCACGGACAUGGACACGGUGGACAUGGUCACGGUCAUGGACAUGGUCAUGGAAAGGAAAUCGUUCCGAAAGCCGAUAUGCAUCUGGUACCGAAAGGUGAUUUGCAUGUUGCAAUUCAAUAUGCGAAAGAAAUAGUAGCGAAAGCAUUGUCAGAAGCAGGCCCAUCUGGAUUUGUAACUGAUGAUCGUCUAAAGGAAGAAAUGAAAGCUCUUAGGAAAGAAAAUGAAGCGAUCAGGAAGGAGUUGGCGGAGUUACGUGAAACUAUCGAGAAGUUUACACGUAUGCAAGUGAUUCCCGCGAAGUAUGAACCCGUUGAAGAAGCUAAAAAGAACGAGAAAUCUGCCGAUGAAGAUUUCGAUCUCUUCGGAUCUGAUGAUGAAGAGGAUGCUGAGAAAGCCAAGGUCGUCGAGGAGAGGCUCAAGGCCUAUGCUGAAAAGAAGUCAAAGAAGCCAGGACCAAUCGCGAAAUCAUCCGUGAUCCUUGAUGUGAAACCUUGGGAUGAUGAAACCGAUCUGAAAGAAAUGGAAAGCCUUGUGCGAGGCAUUGAAAUGGACGGUCUCGUCUGGGGAGGCGCUAAAAAUCUCCCAAUUGGAUACGGAAUCAGCAAACUGCAAAUCAUUUGCGUAAUCGAAGAUGAUAAAGUUUCCGUCGAUGACCUCAUCGAUAAGAUCACCGGUGAUUUCGAGAGUCAUGUACAAUCUGUGGACAUCGUUGCAUUCAACAAGAUCUAG